AUGAUACUCGUAACGAGUUGUAUUAAGAAUGCAGUUCAGGAAAAGAUUGAUCCAGAUCGCUGGAUUAUUCAGGUAAGGGAUAAUCUGCAGAUAGAGGAGGAAGAACAAGAAGAGUUAUCUCUCUGUGUGUUCAAUGUGCCCAAGGACUUGUUGGCAGCUAAGCCGGAAGCAUACACUCAGCAGUGUGUUUCCAUCGGGCCAUAUCACCACUGGAGAUCCGAACUGAACGAAAUAGAGAGAUUCAAGCUCGCUACUGCUGGGGCAUUCCAGGAAAGAAUUGAAGGCCACAGGUUCGAGUCCAUCGUCAAGGAGGUACGACACUACGAGCACCGAAUUCGUAGCUGCUAUCACAAAUACCUCGAAUACAAUGGCGAAGCGCUGGCAUGGCUCAUGGCUUUGGACGCCUGCUUUGUGCUCGAGUGCUUGCAAUUCUUGGGCAAGCGGACUUACCAAGAUUCAUCAGAAGGAAUUCAAGCGCCAAAAUGUUUAGAUCCAUUCGGCAGAAGCGCUACCCACAAUGCCAUAAUGAGAGACCUGACGAUGCUGGAAAAUCAGUUGCCGCUGUUUCUCUUGCAGAAGCUGUUGGAGAUCCAGCUGGGCUCAAAGGACGUGGCAGAAGAGAGGCUCUGCAUUCUGGUAAGACCUGCUUGUAUAGAGUUUUCUCCAUUUUUGUUCAACGUGCUCGAUAGUUCAAGGCUGCGUAUAACAGAGAGGAGUCACAUACUGGAGGCGCUCUAUUUCUCUCUUUUCAUUUCUCCCUGGAAAUGUGAUCUUAUCGGGAAGGGCGAUGACGACAAACAGCGGCCUGCGCUCGAUCGAAAAAGUGGCACAAGAACACAGCUCUCUAUGGAAGUGCUGCGCCUGUUUAAGGAACCCUUAACUUCUCUUUUUGGAUCCAAUGAAGCAGAGAAGGAAGGUGAAGGAAGCGCCUCUGUGGAGACUCCACCUACACGAGACGAGCUGGCCGUUCCGUGUGUUGCCGAUUUGUAUGCUGCGGGAGUGAAGUUCCUUUCCACUGAUGGAGACCUUACCACAAUUCCCUUCGAUCAGACGAGUGCCACUCUUUAUCUGCCCAACAUGAGGUUGGACUCAAACACAGAAGUGAUUAUCCGAAAUCUUGUGGCUUUCGAAGCUUCGGUGGUGCCCAGUGACCUCAGUUUCAUUCGCUACACGGAUUUCAUGAACGGCAUCAUCGACACCGACGAAGAUGAUCGACUGCUGAGAGAGAGCGGAAUCAUUUACAAUCACCUGGGGAACGACGGGAAAGUGGCGAGUCUGUGGAAUGACAUGAAUAGGUAUUAUAAGCGGACAUGGAGCGUGGCCGUGGUGGAAUACAUAUUUGGUUCAUGGCCGUGUCUGUCUUUACUGGCUGCUCCAUAUGUAACUGUAAACGCUGGAUGA